AUGGCAUGGCCUCCCUGAGGUCAUGGUCUUCUUGAGAACAAAGGACAAACAACAAAUCCCUGUCCCCCAGAAGUUCACAUCUGUCAGGGGAAAUCACACGUACACAAAAGAAAUUAAAAAACUGUGCAGUCAUUUGGGGAAAGCACUUGCAGCUAGAAGGGGGUCAGAAAGUCUUCAGGGGGAAGCCUGGAUUCUAAGGAGUAGAAGUGAGCCAGAAAUGUAGUGGAGGAGAGUGGAGAUGCAACGGGAGGUCUCCAGAGCAGCAAAUUAAUCCAGUUGGGUAAGGUUGUAGAGUGCGAGCACGAGAGUGAUGGGCCUGCAAGGGUGGAAAUGUGGAUUCGGAGCUGGGAAGAAUCCUGGAGGCUAUGUUUUAGAAGUGCUCCGCAUGGAUACAUAGAUGAGGAAAUGAAGCAGGAACAAGCCAAGUGACAUGGUCCUGUGUCUGAAGGAGGAUUCAGAUCCAGGCUCCCAGUUCACCUAGCUGUCGCCCGGUCUAAAGCAAGAACGUGAAGGCCUUUGAAUGACAGGGGUGCUGGCAGUUUAUCCGUCAGCAACAGGGAAACCCUGCAGCUUUAGGAGCCUCACUUUGUCAGCUCUGAGGAUGGAUUAGAAAAGGCUGUUGCCAUAAUCCAGUGGAGAGGUGAGCAGGGUUGGACUAGGGUAACAGUUGGGUAAGUGGGAGAAGCCGGCCAUUAGCUGAGAAUUGGGAAGGGAGAAGAAUCAAGGGCCCAGCUUGACUGAGGGGAUGAAUCUGGGUGACUGGAAAGAUGGUGGUAUCUUGGCAGAAAUGGGAGAGUAUGGAAGAAAGGUUGGUUGUGGCGGGGAGUUUUCUCUGUGACGUGUUAGUCUGACAUAUCUACAGACCACCCACUGGCCCUUGUUCGGGCUCAGUUGUUGAUGGAAGGCUGAAGCUCAGGAAAGGGACGAGGGCUGGCCAACCAGAGGCCGGAGUCACCUGCAUCGAGGGGAUCACUAAACCCAUGCCAGCUGGGGUUAGAGGGCAUAGCGACCCGGGCCAGAGCUAGAAAAGGAAGCCAGCAGGACCUGAAUGAUGAUGCAACAAAGCAGGCCGGGCUACUUCCUGCAUUUGAUUGUGGAGACAGUCCAGGCAAAUCGGGGAAUUCUAGAACUGGUUUUUGGAAGGGAGCAAAGUAACUUCAGAGCGAUGAAAAACAGUGGCUGACCAUCAAAAAUAGGGUCAGGAGGAGCAAAGCUCUGUGGUUGGAGAGAGCGCCUUGGAACUGGAUCACAUCAGGAAAAUUACACGGGGUGUGUGUGUGCGUGUGCACACACAGCCAGAGAUGGAUGCGUGAAUGUGUGCAGCGCCUUCCAUGGACGGGCACCUAGAUCUGCAAUCCGAAUCGAGUCCAGAGCUUCUUAGAGACUGAGGAUCACCUCUCACGGAUGACCAAUGACAGCAGAGCUUUUUCACCAGAGCCAUCGGCCGGUCAUUUUCUGUUAAAAUGGGAUCGCUUUGGGCUUUGUCAAUGCUUGUCCUACGGGGUCAGGGGCUCAAAAUGGAAGGGAGGAGAAAAAGACGGCGAGCUAAAGGCCUAACCACGAACCUAAUUAGAGGCUUAAACGCCGAAGUGACUUUGUGGGCUCGCUCCCCCAUUUAAUUCUAGAUAAUCAGGGGCUGGUGGGAUGGAAACAAAAACGGGAGGUUUGGCCCCCUCACAUUCUCUCCCGCACAUGCCCCUGAGGGUUACAGAGACUCGAGGGGCAGGAAAACCUCCUGGGGGGUUCUCAGAGGCAGAGAUGAGGAGGGGGCGCCCCGAAGGGCCAGGCUGAGGAGGGGGCAGGAGAGCCAGGUUGUGUAGGACCAAAAGCGGUUUGGGCCGGCUUAGCUGGGGCUGCAGGACGGUCUGGGUCUAAGAGGGGGAGGUUUAAAUGCAGCCAAAGAUGCGGGUUCGCGCUCGACUCCUCCCAGGAAUCCCAAUUCGGCUAUCCGGGCCCUCCCUGGGGGAGGGCGAGGCAGGACUCGGACGCCGUUACGGAGGGAACCCCCUUCGCAGGGUCCACCGGGGGGCCCUAAGACAAGUGUUCUGUUAGUGCCGGGGGUCACAGAAGGACUCACGGAUCUGUCCCCCUAGGAAGCCGAGGCGGCCGGGAGGGAGUUGUCCCAAGACGAUUCGGGGCCCGGGGGCAAGGGGGGACCUUUCCCCGGACCUCGAGUCCCCCCUACACUGGGUCCCCCGACAGGAGCCUGGCGCGCGUAGCCGCGGCUCGCUCCAUCCCUCGGCGGGCCGGCGGGCGGGGCGGGCGCCUGCUCAGUGCAGGGGGCGGGGGCCGGAGGAGAAGGAGGAGGAAGAAGAGGAAGAGGAGUCCGAGACAGAACCCGAUCCCGAGCCGGAGCCGGAGCCGGAGCCGGAGCCGGAACCCCAGCUCGAGUCCGAGCCCGAGCUCGAGCGGGAUGGCUGCUGCGGCCGCCGCGGCGCUCGGCCCCUCGGCGCCCGCCCUCUCCAGGGCCGUCUCGGAGCUCUGCCAGAACUCCCGAGAAACCUUCCUGGAGGCCUCCAGGCUGCUGCUUACCUACGCCGACAACAUCCUAAGAAACCCUCAUGAUGAAAAGUACCGAUCUAUCCGGAUUGGAAAUGCAGCCUUUUCUACUAGACUCUUGCCUGUCAGAGGAGCAGUUGAAUGCUUGUUUGAAAUGGGGUUUGAAGAAGGAGAGACCCAUCUUGUGUUUCCUAAGAAAGCCUCCGUUGAGCAGCUCCAAAAAAUCCGUGAUCUUAUUGCCAUAGAGAGAAGCAGCAGAUUGAACGACUCCAAUAAGGCCCACAGAGCAGAUUCGUCUCCAAGGCCCGCGGGUGACGGCCAGCCCACGACAUCCCAGCUUUCCAGUCCUGCCGCGCUAACCCAGUGCCCAGUGAACAGCCAGCUCCAGGCAACAGCUGCUCAAACGGCUUCUGAUUCAGCCAUCCUAAAAAUGCUUCAGACCAAAUUUGAGGAUGUGCUUAUCUAUGAAAACCCUUCUCUCCAGAAGAAAGCUUUGUCUUGUAUUCCAGCUCAAGAAUUGCAAAAAAGAGCUCAAGAAAAGUUUGAAAGAGCUAAAAAAUUGGAUCAAGGUGCUAAUAUAAAUGAAGAGGAUAUUCUUCUGAUGGAACUUCUACAGUGGUUUAAAGGAGAGUUUUUUCAGUGGGUAAAUCACCUUCCCUGCAGUAAAUGUGGUGGCGAGACGAUAAAUAAAGGAAAACUGACUCCUGAUGAUGAUGAGCGGAGGUGGGGAGCAAGCAGAGUGGAAGAGCAUUUCUGUAGCUCGUGCCACGUCAGUAAUCGAUUCCCAAGGUACAACGAUCCUGAGAAACUCUUGGAAACCAGACGUGGGCGAUGCGGCGAAUGGGCAAACUGCUUCACGCUCUGCUGCAGAGCCAUGGGCUUCGAGGCGCGCUACGUCUGGGACUCCACCGACCAUGUUUGGACAGAAGUCUAUUCUCCGUCUCAGCAGCGAUGGCUGCACUGUGAUCCUUGUGAAAAUGUUUGUGAUAAACCUCUCCUUUAUGAAGUAGGAUGGGGGAAGAAGCUCUCCUAUAUCAUAGCAUUCUCCAAGGAUGAGAUUGUUGAUGUCACUUGGAGAUAUUCCUGUAAACAUGAAGAAGUGGUCUCUAGGAGAACUCAGAUUAAAGAAGAAGUACUUAGAGAAACAAUUAAUGGCCUUAAUAAGCAGAGGCAGCUCUCCUUGUCAGAGAGCCGAAGAAAGGAGCUCCUUCACAGGAUAAUUGUGGAGCUUGUGGAGUUCAUCUCUCCCAGAGCUCCUAAGGCUGGAGAGCUCGGUGGCCGGAUCUCGGGCUCAGUGGCUUGGAGAGUAGCCCGAGGAGAAAUGGGUUCUGAGAGAAAAGAAACUGUGUUCACACCGUCUGGAGAAGAGAAAAUGGCGAAACUUUUCCACCUCACUUACAAUCCAGUGGAUGAUUGUUAUGUCCGAGUUUCAAGUAAUAAUGACAAAAUCUCCAGAUGGGAAAAUGGUGUUUGGAAAAUGGAAUCUGUGUUCAGAAAAGUUGAGACGGACUGGAAAAUGAUAAAAGCCUUCAUUCCUAUCGUGAUUUUUCUGAUGCCACAGAAGUUAUUUUGGAAGCAAAACUAAGUGGAGGGGAUGGUGAUGUUGCCUGGCAACAUACCCAGCUGUUUAGACAAAGCUUAAAUGACCGUGAAGAAAAUUGUUUGGAAAUAAUUAUAAAAUUC